ACAAACAAACACACUAACCCAAGAUCAUAGACAAGUAUACAUUCUAAAUUAUUGAAAACAGCAAAUUAUUCAGUCCAUAAUAACUUCUUAAAACCAAAUUAUAAAGUGGGUUUACAAAUACUCCAUCUGAAGAAAAUUUCUCGUUUACUCUGUAUUGGUAUUAAAAUUGCAUAUUAAAAUAUUAGUGUCUAAAUUUGACUACUAAAUCUGCAAAUUAUAGAACGACGAAUCUUUCACUUAUGAGUGGUUUUGAAGAUGCACAAGGAAAAGAAAAUUUCGAGGAUGUCUAUAGCGUUUCUACCGAAACAUCAGACAAACACGGAAGUGCUGGGAUUCAUCAGAACCUCUAUUAGUUCUGACUAUUUGAACAUGAAAGAGCGAAAUUGGUCUGUAUGUGGUGCUUCAUCAGGAGCAGGUGGAGCCACACCAGAGACUCUUCAGGAGAAUGGUGUUACUGAAAGCGACGGAGAAUCAUCUGCAGAAGCUGACUGUCUGGAAGCGAAGGAAGUGGAUGUUGGGUCGUGCGGAACCUGGACCGUCUGUGAUUUCCGCAAUCUUCCGGAUUGGAUGCAAGACAACGACUGCCUCAUCUCCGGCUACCGUCCUCCUCUGGUCACAUUCUCCGCCUGCUUCAUGUCGAUCUUCCGGAUGCACACGGAAACUGUGAACAUCUGGACUCACCUGAUCGGCUGUAUCGCCUUCCUGGUGUUGGCAGUUCACUUCACACUGUCCCCGGUCUCGCUCCAGGAGAAACUGCUGUUCGGGACAUUCUUCCUUGGAGCCAUUCUCUGCCUGGGGUUCUCCUUCAUCUUCCAUACCUUCCACUGUCAUUCGCCUUAUGCGGUGAAACUUUUCAGCCGCCUGGACUACUGCGGCAUCGGCCUGCUCAUCAUAGGUUCUUACAUACCCUGGCUCUACUACGGCUUCUACUGUCGCUUCUGGCCCAAACUGGUCUACCUCAGCGUGCUCUCUGUGACAGGUGCUUGUGCCGUAGUAGUAUCCUGCUCCGACUCCCUCCAGGCACCCUCACUGCGACCCCUACGUGCCGCGGUCUUCACCAGCUACGCCCUCACCGGCGUCAUCCCGGCCGUUCACUUCAUCCUCGUGGAAACCUGGCCCGUAUUCCUCGCCAAGGCUGCCUCGAUACUGUUCACCGCCGCCCUCUACAUUAUCGGGGCCGUCCUGUACGCGUACAGAGUCCCUGAACGAUUGUACCCCGGCCGCUUCGACCUGUGGUUCCAGAGCCACCAGAUCUUCCACGUGUUGGUCGUCAUCGCUACUCUAAUCAACUACCAAGGCCUCGUAACUUUGGCUACAAGUGUAAGAGAGGGACGUUCGUAGAUUUUUGCUAUAACACCCUACAGUAAAAAGUUUCUAAAUACAAAAGUACAGUAAUGAUUAAAUAAUAAAUAUUAUACCACUCCAAA